CCCGUUUUCUCCUCUCCUCUCUUGUUUAUAAAUCAUAUAACGUUAACAAGUCAACUUUUGUCAUCACGGAAGCACCUGCAGCGUGGAGAAAAGACAUCACCAGCACGUAAACAAAGACUUAUCAAGCUGAUGUCAUCAUUGCUCGGAUUGUUAUCAAGCAGACGUCAUUCAGCAGUAGGAUUUUACAUGGGCUUUUAUAGAUCUUAGAUAUAAUCUACAGUCUGCCGAUCAGGUGUUUUCUGGGGUGGUGGUUGAAAACAGGCCAUUUUAAGUUCAACUUGGUUGUUCUCUCUCUCUCAUUUUCUUUGGAACACACCUUUUUGUACAUAUGUUACAUAUAUAUAUAUCAUAUUAUUUUAUAACCAUUCGGUGUAUGUCUGUGAGUACUGGAGGCUUUUAAUAACUCUUCUCAUCUUGCACACAUGGGCAUAUAAAUAGCAAUAGCAAAGUAUAAACCAAUUACAUAUUCUGGUUGAUGGUUGUGAUGUACACCUAAGGUCACAUGCUAUUUAAAAAAGGAACAAACCCUUCAAUUUGUCCUGACCUGAGUUCCUGUUUAACUUUGUUCUCGAAAUGUUCUGCCCUAUCGUCCUUGACGCAUGUAAGCCCAGGUCAUUCUCUACUCCAUUGUAGUUCGUAUGUCUGGAAAUCAUUUACUAAAUAGGUGUAUGCAAACUGUUACACCACCUCACAAGACAUAUUGUUAUAAAUAAAACACUGUUCUAGUUGUAAUUCAUAGUGAUGAUCACAUAUAAAUAACAAUGCUUUUGCUUCCAUAGAUUUAAUUCCGGUUUCAGACACAAUUCCCAGAGAAUCAUGAGCUCACGCAGGAAACCUGCCCGGCCUCAUACGGAUUCUGAUUCCGGUUCCUCAUCGGGCCGUGACUCGGCCGCACCAGGCUUAGAGGAGGGCGCUGGUCUCUUUACUAAGCUGAUGGAGCUGCCGGUAGCCAGACUGUCGCGGCAGCAGCUGAGAAGGUUGGAGGAUCAUCAAUACAGCAGUGAAGGACAGUCCAUUCUUGAGCCUUUCAUGCAAAGAUACUGGGGCUGGCUAGUGAGUAAAGUGCCUCUUUGGAUGGCCCCAAACCUCAUCACGAUAGUCGGACUUGCUACUAACAUAAUAAGCACACUGAUACUGGUGUACUAUUGCCCUACUGCCACCGAGCAGGCACCUACAUGGGCAUAUCUAGCCUGUGCUCUGGGUCUGUUCAUCUAUCAAUCACUAGAUGCCAUAGAUGGGAAACAGGCACGACGGACCAAUAGCAGCACGCCGCUGGGCGAGCUUUUUGACCACGGCUGUGACUCUCUUUCUACAGUGUUUGUGAUUCUGGGCACAUGUAUAGCAGUGCAGAUGGGUACUCACCCCGACUGGAUAUUUUUCUGUUGUUUUGCGGGCAUCUUCAUGUUCUAUUGUGCACACUGGCAGACGUAUGUUUCUGGAACGCUGCGCUUUGGCAUAAUUGAUGUGACUGAGGUUCAAAUCUUCAUUAUAACCAUGUACUUACUGGCCGCCAUCGGAGGAACAGCUUUUUGGGAGUCUGUGAUCCCUGGGAUAAAUAUCCAGGUUAAAAUAAUCCCUGCCCUAUUCACUCUCGCGGGUGCCGUUUUCUCCUGCAUGAACUACUUCCCGGUUAUAUUCACGGGUGGAAUGGGCAAAAAUGGAUCGACUAUUGCAGGAACUAGCGUGCUAUCUCCAUCAUUUCAUAUAGGAGUGGUCAUUACUCUUGCUCUGAUGAUCUACAAAAAGUCUUCAGAGCAGCUCUUUGAGAAACAUCCCUGCCUGUAUGUUGUUGCGUUCGGGUUUGUCUCGGCCAAACUCACCAACAGACUGGUGGUUGCUCAUAUGACAAAAAGUGAAAUGCAACGCAACGAUUUGGCCUUCGUGGGACCAGCGCUGCUGUUUCUGAAUCAAUACUUCAACAGUUUUAUUAAUGAGUACUGUCUGCUGUGGGUCGCUCUGGUUCUGUCAGCAUUUGAUCUGGUACGGUACUGUGUGAGUGUAUGUAACCAGAUCGCCACACACUUAAACAUCUGUGUCUUCUCCAUCCGACCUCCCUCUCCAUCCUCACCUCAGCCAGACAGCAGAAAUCACCACUAACCUGUGUUCCUGAAACACUACCUCCAGUAGGUCACGCACUUCAGUGAAUGUAAAACAUGGAGUCUGAACGGCUGCAGUUAGGAAUCACUGUAACGUGGUAUUUCGUAAUGAUUCAAAAAUAUACGAAGAACGAAAUGGAAUUAUGAAAACGUAUCAAAGUGUGAUUCAUCUUUGGUUCACAGAUUAUUUUGGUUAGCUUUGUCUUGCCUUUGUUUGUGAGUAUGUGUGCACCUUUGAUUGUUUAAAGGUUUUAUUUUAUAGUUGUAAUGUUUUCAAGUGAACCCAUAUUUUGUAUUUGGAAAUUAUUCAUUUUUUGCAUCUGUUUUGGCUAAAAUCAUAAUUUAUUCCAGUAAACAGGCAACGCUUUAACUCAAUGUGUUAAGUUUUUGGGGCUCUGUAGGUGUCAAGUGAUCAUUUUUUCGCCUUUCAUUGCUACAAGAAAUGAGAAUUUCAACCUACGCCAGUACACGUCAGUCUUGCCGGUACAAAGGAGUGUUGUUGUCUGAGUAAACCAGAACAGACAGAGUCAGAAAGGUAAGCGAUAAGAUCAGAACAUAUUUUUAUAAGAGGAAAUCUUAUGACAAGCAGGUCAGCCAGAAGACUUUCAAUCAUAAUGUCAGAAGUGCAAGCCCUGGUUUUAUGAUGCUAAUAUACAAGCAGUUCAUUUGAUGACAGAAAAAAUCUAUGCAGUAUUAAUUUAUUAGUUUGCUCGCUAUGCAUAUGAAUCUUAUAGUGUUAUGGAAGGGAUUAAACUGGUUUGACUAUGCCUGAGAAAAACUGUAUCACUAACAGUAUUCUGAGAGUGCCAUUUUAUCCGAAAAAUUACAGGGGCUAAGAUAUGACAGUCAAAAAUAGUUCUGAGUUUGAUUUCAAGAAUAACACUGUACAUAUGAACUUUUAAAGGAACAGUUCACCCAAAAAUGAAAAUUCUGUCAUCCUUUACUCACCCUCAGAUUGUUCCAAACCUGUAUCAUUUCUUUGUUUGCUGAACGCAAAGGAAAAUAUUUGGAGGAAUGUCAGUAACCAAAGAGAUCUCAUCCCCCAUUGACUCCCAUAGUAGGGAAAUUAAAUACUAUGGGAGUCAAUGGGGGACGAGAUCUGUUUGGUUCCAAACAUCUUCCUUUGUGUUUAGCAGAACAAAGACAUUUAUACAGGUUUGGAACAAUCUGAGGGUGAGUAAAUGAUGACAGAAUUUUCAUUUGACUUUAAUUCUAGAUAACAAAUCUAAAAAGUGGUAUUUGUGGUUUAAAGAAAUAAACGUGACAACCUGUGCAAAUUUAUUUUGUGCCUUUUAUUUCUCACAGUCUGUAAACUUCUCUAAUAAUAAUAAUAAUAAUAAUUCAUUGCACAGUACUUUAUGCACAGUACAAUUUGGACCGAGCGAUUUUAAUCACAAAGUUCAUGUGUAAUUCGAAUUUUGUUCAUUAAUGAAUUCUGUUUAUAGCACCAUAAUUAACAAAGAUGUAAUUUCCUACUGCUGCAGGUUGAGUUAAAGUCUUCAUAUUUGCAAACUGACAUUACUUGUUAUGAUUACAUUUAUCUGUUAAAAAAAAUGUAUUCCCAAACUUAAUGUAUAUUUCUCUAAAUAUGUCAUUGUUUUGCAUCUACCUCCAAGUAGUUACUUACCCAUGUUAUUUUGGUCUCUGGGUUUGUUUCAUGAACAAAUGUUUUGUAGAUUUGCGUUGUGAAUGUUAUUUAAGUGGUUUGUCUGUGUAUUUGUAUCUCCUCUGUUAACAUCAUACGAUCACUCUGUAGGCCAAGCAAAGCUGCAGUACACACACCGUUGAAGCAAGUAAUGUCUGCCACUGCAACUUUAUUUACAUACGUGUCUAAUUUCUACCUUUAUCAGGAUUUUUGUUGUUCUGUUGAAACUUUUUAAUCUACUAGUGGACAUGAAAUAAAGAUUGUUAUAUUUAUGUUAACA